AUGGUGGGUUCCAAAUGUGUGGACCCAAAGAAAGCUCCAAUUCAUCCAGAUGAUGAACACUUCAUUAUGGAGUUAAAAUAUGCUGUUGUUGAUGUUGAUGAUGAUGAGGAAGAUGAUGUUGUUGAGGCUAGUGGUGAGGCUUCACUUCAUAGUGUUCCUGUAUAUGACAACAAUGGUGAUGAGUUUGACAAAGAAAUUUAUGAUGAGGAAAAUGAUGCAGCUCUUGAGGAUGAUAAUAUGUUUAUGCACAAUGUUCAAAUUCCCAAGAUGGCUUUGGUAGUCUACCUAAUUCUGAUGAUGAAGGAUAAAGACCAAGAGGUUAGGGAAACUAAUGUGGGCAGCAUUAUGAUGAUGAAAAUUGAAGCUCCUUAUUUUCAAAGGCUUUAUGUUUGUUUGGAUGCCUGCGAAAAAGGACUUUCUAGCUAUAAUAGACCUAUCAUAGGUGUUGAUGGGUGUCAUUUGCAGGGCACAUUCCAAGGGCAAUUACUUAUGGCAGCAGGUAUUGAUGCAAAUGACAAUAUGUACCAAUUGCUUAUACUGUGGUUGAGUUGGAGACCAAAAAACACAUGGUGUUGGUUCCUUCAGUUGCUUAUUAAGGAUUUGGGUCCUGUUAGUGAACAUGAAUGGACUUUCAUUUUAGACCAACAAAAGGGAUUAGAUGUUGCGCUUGAUUUAGUUGUGCCUGAAGCAGCACAUAAAUGGUGUGUCAGACGUUUUUAUGGGAAUUUCAAGACAUUUCAUAGGGGAAGGGCUUUGAAAGAUUUGUUAGAACACCAAAUGUGGCUGAUUUUGAGUGUGAGAUGA